AAAUUACACCUUUAAUUCCAUAAAUGAAGAUAAAUGUAAACUUUUACCUUAAUUUAUGAGUCUAAAGAAAGUAAGCCUGUUCAACCUUUUCCAUUAAUAUGUAAUUUUUUAAUGUGUAUCUGAUGGGAAGCAGCUGAUGAGUGAUGGAGUCAUGAAGUGAACACGUGACCAUGUGAGGGUUGCUGGUUUGAUUCCCAGAGGAUCAAAGCCUCCAGAUGUCACGCUAAUGUACAUUUAUGUAUUUGGGUUAUUUCCUUAUUUAGGCUGUUGACAGAGCGCCUCGUGCCUGACGGAGCCGCGGACCAAUGGGAGCGCGGCCCAGCGCUCGUGCAGCGCUCUGAUUGGUCGGCUCGGAUGCAGACUGCAGCAGCAUCCUCUCUUCCCCGCAGAUCCAGCGGACAUCUGGAGCGGUCCUGCCUGCCUCACAAGCAGACCCUCCAGCAUCCGAACACCGACACCCCGCGCCGAGCCAGCCCGGGGUUCGCUGCUCGCCUGCCGGUGUGAACCCAGCCUCUCCCCGGGGCUGACAUCGCUCAGUUCGGCUGGAUCUCCGCCGGGGAGCCGCUGCGCUCCGGACAGACUGACCAGCCGGCGGAAACGCGGAAAUAUUCCCGGAGGAGGAGAAGGAUGGUGAUGGACUGAGCUGAUCCGACAUCUGACGGGUCGGAGGCCUGAUGGAAGCUGCGAUACAUUUGGACCUGGAUCAUCCCGGUCCUGGUUGCGGUUCGGCGUAAAGACGCGGGUCCAUCACCGGCUGGUUCGGUUCUGUUUUUCCUCUUCAGUUUGUCUCGUCACAGACGGACUAAACGGACCCGGUUCCGAGUUGGAGGGCGCAGGCGGAUCCCCCUGCUGGUCUGAAUUAGAACCCGUCCGGAUCAUGAAUCACCCCCCUCUGAGGCUCUAAUCUGGGUUUUACUGAACUGGAUUUAAAUCACAGAUUACGCCGCUCCCGGUUCUGGUGAUUAUUAUUUGGACCUGGUCCUGCUGGCGCUGGAUUCGGGGAGCCCUGCUGGCAUCAUGCCGACCUCUCGGCCUGGUUCGGAGCCGGUGGAGUUCUGGGUGGACGGGUCGAGGCGGGACGGGACGGUGGAGGACUUCUACGGCCUGGGCUCCGAGCUGGGCAGAGGAGCGACAUCCAUCGUGUACCGCUGUGAGGAGAAGCAGACGCAGAAACCCUUCGCAGUCAAAGUCCUGAAGAAAACGAUUGAUAAGAAAAUCGUUCGCACCGAGAUCGGAGUCCUGCUGCGUCUUUCCCACCCAAACAUCAUCCAGCUGAAGGAGAUCUUUGAGACGGACACCGACAUCGCCCUGGUUCUGGAGCUGGUGACCGGCGGAGAGCUGUUCGACCGGAUUGUGGAGCGAGGAUACUACAGCGAGAGAGACGCAGCGCAUGUCAUCAAGCAGAUCCUGGAAGCUGUGGCCUAUUUGCACGGAAACGGGGUCGUCCAUCGUGACCUGAAGCCGGAGAACCUGCUGUACGCCGACCUGUCGCUGGACGCGCCGCUCAAGAUCGCCGACUUCGGCCUUUCCAAAAUCAUCGACGACCAGGUGACCAUGAAGACGGUCUGCGGGACUCCGGGUUACUGCGCUCCAGAGAUCCUGCGGGGAAAUGCCUACGGCCCCGAGGUGGACAUGUGGUCAGUGGGCGUCAUCCUGUACAUCCUACUCUGCGGCUUUGAGCCGUUCUUUGACCCACGGGGCGACCAGUACAUGUACAGCCGCAUCCUGAACUGCGACUACGAGUUUGUGUCUCCGUGGUGGGACGAAGUCUCCCUCAAUGCCAAGGACCUGGUCAGUAAGCUGAUUGUUCUGGACCCUCACAAACGCCUCAGCGUCCGGGAGGCCCUGCAGCACCCCUGGGUUCUGGGCAAAGCCGCCCGCUUCUCCCACAUGGACACGACUCAGAGGAAACUGCAGGAGUUCAACGCUAGGCGCAAACUUAAGGCUGCCAUGAAGGCUGUUGUAGCCACCAGCAGGAUGCACGAAGGAUCCCGACGUCGCACCGACAGCUGCGAAAUGCCUGGCUCAGGGACGUCCAGGCAGAGCAGCUUGCAACAAGACCCGCCUCCCGAGUCAGCAGGCUCCGCCCCCGAUGAAAAAGAGGCCCCGCCCCCCGACCAGCAGGUUCCCCAGACCGACGAGUCCACGCUGGCCAAUCAGAGCGCAGCCAGCCCCUCCCCUCCCUGUAGCCCCAACCCCCCCAGCUCUGAAGCUUCACCCACAGGCCCCGCCCUCGUCAGACCGCCGCUGCGUGCCGACGGCCUCCGACAAGCGUCGGUCAUCCCCAAGUCGAUGCUGGUCCAACCCCGGCUGCCGCAGAAGAGCUGCUCCGUCAUCGAGUCGGUCCACAGAGGCGAGGCCACGCCGCCGCUGGGCUCGCCUUCCAGUCCCAACAGCCUUAGCAACGGCUUCACGCCGGGGGCGGAGCCUGGCACCAAGGCCGCCCCCUGCCAGUGAAUGCUUCACAACAACAAACCCAACAGUUGCGCCUUCCAGUCGUUUUUUACUGAUAUCCCAGUUGGUGAUCUGGGAACAAACUGACUAACGUUUGUGUAAAUUUAAAAACGCCUCUGCUGGAGUUUCACUGGACUGUUUGGCUCGUUAGCUAACAGCGGCGCUAAAGCCAAUGGUUGUUUGGAGGACUGAAAGAAGCCAAAAGAGCUAAUAUCAGACAUGACUGGAUGCAUAUUUAAGCAUAAAUAAGGAUUUUUGUGGAUGAUUCCUGGAAUGAAUGUAAACCUGGAGAUAAGGAGAAAAUGGAGGUUGAGCUAUUUUUCACAGUUUCGGCUCAGCUUGAAGAUCUGAGUGACAAAAAAAGGGUUUCAGAGUAUAUUUUCCUGUAAAAACAGUAAUGUAAACAGGCAGCAGGCCUCUGGAUUUCAGUUUUCUGGCUCUUCCUGUUAACGUCCAGAGUUUGGAUCUCAUUUAAGAAAAACUUCCACUUUGCUUCUCUGAUUGUACCGUUCUCCGGCUGCAGGACCGCGGGUUUGGAAACGUUAACAAACUCAGCGGUCUUUCGUUCAUGACUACUUUACAGGAGACGUUCAGCAUUUCUAGGCAAACACAGCCUGGUUUAGAUCAACUUAGAUAUUUAUUCUUGUCAAUGUGUUCAGUUGAGAGCUGGAGGCAAAAAUACACAAUUUUAUCUGGUUUAACUCGACGUAACGCAUUAAACCAUCGGUCAGUUCAGGUUUGAGCUACGAAACAAAAUUAUGAAUAAAGUCCUAAAACUCUGAAUUCAAACCAGUUACUGAGGUUAUGGUGAAAACUAAUUUUCCUUUUAAUUAAAACAUUUUAAUACACUCAUGUUAGAAAGUGUAUUAAUAAAUGCUUUACUUACAAUGUAAUAAAUUAAAUUGUUAAAAUUAAAAAUUAGUAAAAAUUCAUAAAUACCAUAUCAAAUAGAUAAAUGUCCCCAUGAAAUGAAAAAAAAAGAAAAAAAAUAUUUUGUUAAUCAUAAGUUACUUAUUUAUUGAUGGGGUUUUAUUUUGUUAAAUAAAUUAAUCUGAGUAACAAAAUAAAUAUAAUCCUAUAUUUAUUUAGCUGUAUUUCAUGGAGAAAUGUACAUAUUUGAUGGUGUGCUAAUAAUAACAGUAUAUUUUAUUUAAUUUUGAAUGAAACAACUUCACAGUAGAUUUCAUAAAGCGCACUCAUUAAUAAUAUAGAAGUUACUGAACUUCACCUUGUUUCAGCAAAAAGGCUGAAACAGACACAGAAACGCAUUUAAGUUAAUAAUCCCAAAAACACGUCAGAAAUGGUACAAGCUUCCAUUAAAUGCUUAAAAAGUCAUAUCUUUCCCAAGAAACCCAUCAGUUAUAACUAACUCUACUAAUUUUGCCAGAAAAAGCAGUAAAUCAUCAAAGCUAAGUCAUAAUGGAUGUAUAUUUGUACCUCUAGGCCUUUGUUCAUUUGAAAAAACAAAGAAAUAAAAAUUUCUUCUCCAAAUUUUUAAAUCAUUAAAAGGCCAAGUUUGACAACUUCCCUGCCUAUGACGAGUGGAUGCGAACUGUAAACAUAGACAGGAAUGGUUGCCAAGGAAACAAAAAGAUCUCAGUUGGAAGCUAAAUGACUUUUUAAAGCCGGGCUGUUUUUACUAAAGAGAAUUUAGUUGAAUUAUUAAGCUGAUUUUACAGCAUUAGUUUUUUUUUCUGUUGACCUCCUGUCCACACUCCAGUUCAGUAGGUGGCGGUAAAGCACCUUCUCCACUACCAUUAAAGAAGAAGCCGGGUUGUCGCCAUGGUGACGGUUUGACAGUUGAAACUUUACCGAAACGGUUUUCAUUUAGGUGUUUAGCUUAGAAAAAGCAACCAAAUUAUUAUAUCGGAGUAAAGAAAACUAAACUAAAAACCAGGAAUAACUUCCUCCUGCGCUCUUAACUGAACACAAACAUCUCAGAUAAACGGCUAAUCUCAAAAAUGUUUCCUUAAAAUGUUUAACUGGGACAAACCGAGCGAUUUCCCUCCUCUUCUCCUGCCUGAACACGGCGGACUGAUUGUAUCUCAUUAAAAUGGAGGAACAACGAGAGCUGCUGGAUUUCUGGAGUUUUCCAGCUUCUUCAUCUUCGGAGCAUGCGCAUUCAGACUUUUAUGUUGAGAAGAAGCGGGACUUUUUUUCUAAUCGUUUCUACUCUUUACUGAAGACGCCUGCAGACUCGACACUGCAGCUGCAUGACUUGAUCGCGUAGCUCCAGUUUGUAGCGUUCAGGUAGGUAAAUCGUGUUUGUGAGCUUCGUAAAACGUGUUGUUUACACUUUAUCAGCGGUAUCGAUGCUCCUGUUUGCACUGUACAUACUGUAGUUUGGUUUUAGACGAGUUAUUACUGACAUCUUUAUGCUCAACGUGACCACAGACAUGU